AUGCGGGGGCCGCCUUUUGCAAUGAGCGCUUGGAGGGAGGCUUUUCUCGUUUCGAACGAUCCUCAAACGCAUGCAUGCAAGCAUGGGAACGCGUCGAUUGCGUGUAUGCGUUGGGCACUCAUAGGGCCCCUCCCCGUUUGGGGAGGCGUCGAGAGCAGAAUCCCACAGGCUUCUGCCUUGGGGGCACCCCCCACUGCCACGCGCGCCUUAAUUAUACAUUCGUUGGCUAUGGACUGCCCAUGCCGAUUGCAUUCUGCUGUUGCAUGCUUUUCGUAUGCAACGUCCCCGGAGGCGCAAGUGCUGCUGAGUGUGGCACCGCAAGUGCAUGUCUGCAUGAUCCUUGACACUUGCGGGGGGCAGACGAUUCUGGAUCCGGCAGGCACCGGCAGCGUUUGGACGUUCAUAAAGGGAGUGAAGCAGAAGGGCAUCUGGCCCUUUUUGACAGAUGCCACGAACCGCAUGCAGCGCGCGAGAUACGACUCUAAGGUUUGGAUGGACCCAAGUAAGCCAGAUCCUUCCCCUGGCCGCCUCCGGCUGGGGCGGCCUGAAGUGGGUGGUGUACUUUCGAAAUGCAGACAUGCAAGCACAGCGCGUAAGGCCGCGCUACCUGCCGUGCUUGGAGAUAUCCUCUUCCCACGCAGUCAGAUGCCCCGUCCUCUGUUCCUCGAGGCCUCUCAGGGUGUCGGAGCGGCGACUGCUGCUGAUGCCCCUCGUGUUUCUGCUCACCAGCCCGUCUUGCCUAGCUCUUGCGCGGUGUCUCACGCUGGCGCCUGUCAGCUCGCACUCGACUUUGUGGCGGUGGAAGCUGCUUUACCCUCCAUCGAAUUGCCUGUCCGCCUUUCUCAUGAAGGGCCCUUGGCCUUCGCUCCGAGCAUGACAGCCUCUGAGGGGGGCAAGCCGGUUGUUCACGGCGUGUUCACCUGGUGCCUCGUGUCUGUCCUUCUCAACCUCUUCGGCCCCGCCAACGCCUCCGGAGGGCGCCGUGUGUCGUACGAAGCUCUCAUCGACCGUGUCAAGACACGCAUCAGAGAUCUAAAGUGGAAUCGCUUGUUUGCACUUGAUCAGAUGCCGGAGUUGACGGUGCACACUGGAGGAAACGCUUCAUUCGACGACGCAUUCUAUUCGAUUGGAUGGCCCGCUGCCUUAUCCCCUCCCUCCUCCCCCGCAGGCACCAACAGCACCGAUGCCAAGCUGCGGCAGGGGGUGGCAGUUGCGGCAACUGCAACGGAGCGCCUCAGUGCCGCCUGCUGCACCGCACGGCCUGCUGCUGUCUCGAGUGUAUAUCCUUCGGCUCCUUUCAACACUAGAUGCGUCGAGGGAUACUCCUUUUUCGACCCGGAGAAGGCGUGGGCAGCCCUCACAGGCAGCGCCGGUCCAGGUUGUCGGAGCUUUCGCCGUUCCUCGUCAAGCGCAAAUUACAUCAACAGCUCUCUCCCCCCGUUGUCGCAGCAGCCUAUGACGCAGCGUUUGCAGCAACAGAUGCUGCACCAGACGCAGCCAUACACUGCUGCAGACUGCUACCGCCUCGUGCAAGACAGGCAGGCUUCCGCCGACUCCGUCGCUUCCUAUGACACUUUCGCUCCGAGGAAACCUCAGUCACCUGGAGCCACUACGGCGCCACACACUCAUGAGGCUCAAGCCCCCGUCAAAAGCGAGAAGGCUGCUCUCCGUGAAUCCCAGGACUGCGCGGCCAGCAGAAGCAGCGGAGACUCGCCCCUACCUCCGUUGGACCUGCGAGGAGGGCGAGACUCGGGGAUGGGGUUCCUGUACACUCCGGGAAGCACUCUGCUAUUGCCUCCUCAGAAAGAGAUCCAGCCGUAUGGCUAUUCGUGCCGAGUGCAGGCAACCGCCGCAGGGGCCGUGCCCCAGCAGCAACCUCAGGCUGAUCCGUUGGACACUAAUGCGGCAGUAGCAGCAGCACGGGAGGCCUACGUUGUUGCGGCGUCGAAGCGCAUCAGUGAAAAGGCCAAUGCGGAAGCGGCGCUGGGUGCUGCCAGCAACGCCGCUUAUCAGGCACACCUAAAAAAGCUACAGGAUGUUGCACCUCAGGCGAGCGACCUUGGGCGAUUGGUGAGGCAGCAGCAAGUAGCUGCGCAGCAGCAACAAGGAGGGACUCAAGGCACUUCGCUGCAGAGAGUAACUCCUGCAAACAUCUCUAGACCUGUCAGAGUACCCACAUACCAAGCUUCCGCCGUGCCAAUCUAUGAGGCAACACCCGACUAA